AAUGAUAUGAUGACAGAAAAUGGAAAAGAGGAAGAAGACUUGGUGGCAAGCAGAGGAGAAAGUCUGCUGUAUCUCUGGGAUACAGCAGACUUUCUCCAAGCAGAGAGCUGCGUUCCUUCCUACAGGGCAUGGAUAGUGACUCCGGUGCUAUUCAAGAAUGGAUGGGCAUAAGAGAAAGGAACAAAUCAAGGAAGAGGAGCAGGAAAUUCAAAUCAUGUGUAUCAGUGUAUAAGGCAUCCAAAUUAAUUUUGGCAGCUCCAAGAAGAAAUAGAAGAGGUAGACCUAGAAAGGAAUUGGCAUCCAAAUCCUCUGUACCAGAAUUUUUGGCAAAUUCCAACAAUGGGGUGGCAGAUGGCUCUCUGAAUGAUAGCAAUAUACACAACUGCAACAAAUCUAUUAUGAAGAAGAUUAAUGCCUUCGGUGCCAAAAAGAUCUGGGAAUUCGCCAAGUCGGUCAGGGUUGUGGCAACAGGAAAAGAGGAGGAAAUUCUAAGAAGAUUGGAACAGAUGGAGGCGCAAGACAAGCAGCAUCAUAGGGUCAAUCCAUCCGGGAAACAGAGGAAUGGAAUUGAAUGGGAAGAGGGAGAUUUCAAUGUUACCAGAUCACAAGAUGAGAGAAAGGGAUGUAGAGGAGUGCUGACAGAGAUGGAAGAUAUGAAGCAAUGGGGCUUGAAGAGAGACAUCUCUGAUCACUGUCCUGUUUUGUUGAAAAAUGAGGUGAAGAAUUGGGGCCCCAAACCUUUUCGCUUUUUCAACACAUGGUUACAACAUACAGACUUCAAGGCGGAGGUUGCAAAACUAUGGAAGUCCAUUGAGGUGCAAGGCUGGGGCGGGUACAAGCUCAUAGCAAAGUUGUUAGCCAAUAGGCUAAGCAAGGUGAUUGACAAUCUAAUUGGUGAAAAUCAGUCUGCUUUAUUUGCUGGAAGACAGUUAGUUGAUAGAGUUAUUGUGGCUAAUGAAAUCAUUGAUGAUAUAAAGAAGAAAAGAAGGUGGAUCAAAGAGUGUCUAAGCUCCAAUAUAGUUUCAGUCUUGAUUAAUGGGAACGCGACAAAAGAGUUUAAUGUCAGCAAAGGUGUGAUAAAAAAGAUUGACUCAAUUAGACAGGCAUUCCUUUGGGGGGGUGGUUAUGAGUUGGUAAAAAAGAUAACAUGGGUUAGCCGGCAAAGAGCCCUGGCCACCAACUGCACCUCCCUUGAGAACCGAAAUUUCCAGAUAUGCUCUACCCUGUUCCUUCUGUUCGUUGCUCUGAUGUGUGGGGGUGAUUUUCUCCGGUUUCUGAUCCCCAAAAUUUUCUGCACUUCCUGUCGGCUCUCCCCCAAACCCGCCAGCUCCGGUUUUGCUUGCUAAAUUUUGCUAUGUUCUUGAUUGUUCUGUUGCCCCAGCACUUGGAAUAAAUUUUCUGUGUUAUG